UCCUGGUCGUACUUCGGAAUGGAAUGAUUUAAGACUAACCGCAACUAGUAUGACAGUUGCCCCUUUGCCCCUACUAAAUGAAUUGUUUAUUUCUGAUUCAAAAAGGAUAGCUAUAUUAGAGAAAGAAAAUGAAAAAAUAAUAGAAAGUUUUAAAUGCCCAACAUACCGCUCAGCCCUAGAAUUUAAUACUUGCAAAAUUGACCCGAUGAUUUGUGACUGUAACGCAGCGGACCACAAUGUCGCUUGUUUGUGUAAUGAAUUAUUAGAUUUAGACCAAAUUUUUCCCAACAAAUUGACUCUACCUUUCGAACAUAACGCUAUUUUAUUAAAUGUUGAAAAAGGCACAAUUACAGCCGCACCGGAUUUUUCUGCAGUUCAAAUACAUACACAAAUUAAAGGUAACACAGGCACAACUUUUUGGAUGCUAUAA